AGAUUAUUGUUAAUUUUUUGUCAGUGUUCAUUCGGUGUUGUAGCAUUAUCUGCAGUAGUUGUUGGCUGUCGCGAAGGCAUAUUUCCAUUUAACAAAACUAAGUUACCCCAGACGGUUUAGCUGACAAGAGCGGCAUACGUUUGGGUGACAUUAUUCUUGAAAUAAACGAAGAAGACGCCACACAAUUAACGCUUGCCCAGGCACACGAAAAAAUUGACGCCGCAGGCAAAAAAAUACAUUUUCUAGUGAAAAGCAUGGAUGAUGACGAUAACUUGAAUGGCAAUGAACCUGGCGAAGAAAAAUCUAUUGUUUUGCGUGUACCGAAACCGCCACCGCCACCAAAAGAAUUCACCCCAACUCCCUUGCUUGGUUCUAGUUGUUGGCAUCCAGUUAUGUGGAAAGAUCCACCUAAACCACCACAACCCAAAAAAAAGAAAACUAAAACCAUAACCGAUGAGGAAGGCAAUGAAGUUGUAAUCGAAUUGAGUGAAGAUGAAUCUUCUGAUGAGGAAGAGGAGAAAGAGUUGCCACACUAUCGUAUUAUACGCAACAUAAGACGUUUCUUUACGGAAGUGGGUGAAAAUCAAGAACUUAAGAAUCGCGUUAUUGAAGACAUGCUACUGGCUCUUCCAAGUGCUUCUAAGAUGCAAAAAAAUUAAAAGCAGCAAAGUUUUGCGUUAUAAAAUAAACUCUAAUUAUUAACAA